AUGGGUUAUUCUUUGUUACUUUUUGCAACCAGCGCUAUUCCUCGGGCAAGAUGCUUCCCUAAUCAACAAGAUCAUCAUUGCCAAUCACACGCUUGUUCAUUAGAAUCCUUCCUAUUGAAACUCUUCUCGUUGUCGCAUUAUCGGCUCUUUUCUAUUGGGGCGUCCGCUUUUCAAUUCCCUUCGGAUUUUGAUUAUUUUGCCCCCCCCCACUUCUCUCCACCGCCAAACGCACCUUUUUUCCUCUCCCGGCACGUAUUACUAAUUCUCCUCCUCCUCCUUUUCUUCUUCCUUCUGCAUCACUUCUUUCUUUCUUUCUUUCUUUCUUUCUUUCUUUCUUUCUUUCUCCUUCUUCUUAUUUUCUUCUUCACUCUCAUCUUUCAAAUCGAAACUUUAUUCCCUCAUUCUUUAAUCUCUCUCUCUCUCUCUCUCUCUCUCUCGCUGUCUCCCUCUCUCCCUCGGCUUUUCAUAUUCAUAUCUAUCUAUCUAUCUAUCUAUCUAUCUAUCUAUCUAUCUAUCUAUCUAUCUAUCUCAACCUUCUAUAUCUAUCUUUCUAUCCUCAUCAUUUCUUUGGCUAUUUUCAUUUUUAGAUCCUAUGAAAUUUCUUCUACCUACCAUAUUCUGGUCAUCUCUCGCUCUCUCUCUCUCUCUCUCUCUCUCUCUCACACAAUUAUAUCUAUCUAUCUAUCUAUCUAUCUAUCUAUCUAUCUAUCUAUCUAUCUGAAUGUCUGCCCUUCUGUCUGCCUGUCUAUUUUAUUUUGCUUGUUUCAUUCUCUUUCACACGCACGCCCAUGUAGAAUCUUAUUAUCCAGAAUCAAUUAG